AUACACUAUAUUCUGCCAGCACAAAGAUUCCCCACAGUGUUUGAACUCUCUCAAAUACUAAUGUGGAAAGAGCAGCAUACUUCGUCAAUCUUGGGCUCGAAUCUCGAUGGUGAGAAAGCCUCCGAGUUGCACUACAAAUACUACACUCAGUACGGACUUGCACUUCGCGGUCUAACACGUCAUCAUGACAUAGGUAGGACCUACGCUGCGAGCACCCGCUGCCGAAUAGACGUACGGCUCCAGAUCCCAUGGAUUUUGAUCGGAAAUGUGACGGAACACACCCUCUCGAUGAUCUCAUCAAACCAGACCCGAGACUAUGAAAGCUCUUUCAUGAUUUGGACAGAACCAAAGUUCGUGUAUGGGCUUUGACAAAUGCAUACAAGAAC